AACCUUUCUUGGAUUUAUGCUUUUGUUUAGUCUUGAUUUUCAUUUUCUUAGUACAAAAUGAUUCUGUUUUCUCUUUCUAGUCAACACUCAACAAACCCAAGAAAAGCAGAGAAACAGUGCUAACAAAUGAUUACCCCUCUUACUUUGGAUCUCCUCCUUCUUGCUAUUUACUCUCUCUCUCUCUCUCUCUCUCUCUCUGUCUCUCUCUCCUUCUAAUGUACAGGUGAUGUUCUUAAUCUCCUGUGCAUAGAGAUGACCUCUAUAUAGAGUUACCCAAUUACUUUCACCUCAGUCAUCUCUGAGUCACUGCAACUCCUUUGUGCUUAUCUACGAUGCCAAUUAAGGAAAUGACAGUUUCAUUUACCUGAGGUGACCUCAUUGAACUUCACCAAAGCCAAAUCAGUCACAGGAGCAGCACAAGUGCUUUUGGCCCCUGUCAAGCAUGGCUCAACAGGAGGAAGGCUGGCCUCUGGGUUUGCAGCCAAUGCAUGUGAGAGUUGGGUUGGCUCAAAACAAUGAGUUUUCCGGUUCAGUGUCAUUCAACACUUUACUCACUGGUUCUCCAACUUCCUCUACAGAUUCCUCUUCAGAUCUAGACACAGAGUCCACAGGGUCUUUUUUCCAUGACAGGAGCAUUACACUUGGGAGCCUUAUUGGAAUCAAUAACAUUCUAGAGCUAUCAAGAAGAUCACUGAGGGGAAGAAAAACUGAUCAGGUCUGUAAAGACAGGAAGAGCAACAACUCCACCAAGUUCAGAUUGUGUUUUUUCUCUCUAUGUUCCAGGGACAGUACAGAUGGUGAGAAUGUGAACAAAAACAACCAUCCUCCAUCUCUUGGUCACUUCCUUGCAGUGGAGAGAAGAGCAGCCAAUGAAAAUUAUAGAGAAAACCCACCAAUUUAUGGACCAGAUGAUGAGGUUGCUUUAGCUGAUCAUCAGCCUGCUACACAACCCAACUCACUGUUUGUUGAUGGUCAAGUUGCUCCUCCUCAAUCUAGUCCAUGGCUUGGUUCAGACCAUGUUGACCAGAGAAAACCAGUUCUGUUUUCAUGUAUGUGUGGUGGGCAACUCUCCCAGUGACCAAAGAAUAUAUUCAUGUUUCUCUCGGUUUUUUUUUUUGGGGGGUCUUAAUCAGAAUUUCAUGUUAUUGGAAGACAUAAAGAGGUCAAUUGACAAUUCCAGUGCAGCCAUUGCAGUUUAAGCAAAA